UUGCUGCUUACUAUCCUGGAUUUCCUUCACAAUCACAGUGGUUAGAACAACAUUCGAAUCAUCAAAAGGAUCAGAUCGAGAAUCACAAAUGAGCAAUAAGAAGAGAUUACUGAUAAUCGGAGGCACUGGUUACUUGGGUCAGCAUCUAUUACAAUGUUUUUCAGAUUUCCCAAAACCAUUCGAUUUCGAUCUAUCAAUGGCGUUCACACACCAUUCCUCUCCUCCUCCACACCUCUUGCUUCAAUAUGUUCCUCAUGCUGCCCAUUUUCAAGUUAACUUGCAAACAGGUCAAGGGUUUGACUCCAUUUCUCAUACAUUUGGCCAGCCCGAUAUAGUGGUCAAUUGUGCUGCGCUUUCCAUACCUCGUGUUUGUGAGACCGAUCCUACAGUUGCCAUGUCCGUUAACGUUCCUUCUUCACUUGUAAAAUGGUUAUCAAGUUUCACCAAAAGAGAGACGCUUCUUAUUCAUUUAUCAACCGAUCAAGUUUAUGAAGGGACAAAGUCUUUCUAUAAAGAAGACGACGAGACUCUUCCUGUGAACGUAUAUGGCAAGUCGAAAGUGGCAGCAGAAGAAUACAUCAUUGCAAACUGGUCAAACUUCGCUAUUCUAAGAAGUAGCAUCAUUUUCGGGCCACAAACUAUCUCGCCCGUCUCAAAAUCACUUCCCGUUCAGUGGAUGGAUAAUGUUCUUGCGAAAGGUCAAGAAACCGAGUUCUUCCAUGAUGAAUUCCGCUGCCCCGUUUAUGUGAAGGAUGUUGUUAAUAUCAUAAAAAUAUUAUCCAACAGAUGGAUUUCAGAUGGCAAGAAAUUGGGAUUGGUUCUAAAUGUCGGUGGACCAGAUAGGAUAUCUCGUGUCCAAAUGGCUGAGGUUGUGGCUCGUGUUAGAGGCUACAACACCUCGUUGAUCAAACCAGUGUCUGCAUCAUCGAUCGAUCGCGGAGUAAAGUCACCGGCCGACAUAUCCAUGGAUAUCAGCAAGUUGAUUCAAACGCUAGAUUUUACGCCUACGUCUUUCCACGAAGGUGUCAAGUUGACGAUCAACAGCCUCACAUGAAUUCAUCGGUUGUACAUAUUCGCAAGGAAAAUUUUGUAUGUGAUUGUCGUCCCGUAUGAAAGUUCGCAUUUUGCAUGCUCAAAAUUACGUUGUUUCAACUUUCAAGCGUGUUCACGGUAACAAUCGCUUUACGUCAAUUCAUUCUGGUUUUGGCUUUAAUUUGUGUCGUACCUCGGUUCCCGGGGCCUAAAAGAACUAGGUUUGUUUUAUUUUCGCU